UUUUCCACCUGUCAAGGAAGGUGACAUCCAUUGUCCCGGAGAGCUGCCUCCUCAUCCUGCUGGGGCUGGGCCUGGGGGGCAUUGUAUUGGCCGUGGCAAAGAAAGCUGAGUACCAGCUGGAGCCCAACAUGUUCUUCCUCUUCCUUCUACCCCCCAUCGUCCUAGACUCAGGCUAUUUCAUGCCCAGCCGGCUCUUCUUCGACAACAUUGGUGCCAUCCUCACCUAUGCAGUGGUGGGCACACUCUGGAACUCCUUCACCACCGGCACUGCACUCUGGGGGCUGCACCGGGCCGGGCUCAUGGAUCCAGGUGUUGAAGCUGGGCUGAUGGAUUUCCUGCUCUUCGGCAGCCUCAUCUCAGCUGUGGACCCCGUGGCAGUGCUAGCUGUGUUCGAAGAGGUCCAUGUAAAUGAGACCCUCUUCAUCAUCGUGUUUGGAGAGUCUCUCCUGAAUGAUGCUGUCACUGUGGUGCUGUACAAGGUCUUCAACUCUUUUGUGGAGCUGGGCCCAGCGCACAUCCAUGCCACGGACUACGUGAAGGGGGUAGCCUCCUUCUUCCUGGUGAGCCUGGGGGGCACGGCCGUGGGGCUGCUCUUUGCCUUCCUCCUGGCCCUGAUCACGCGGUUCACCAAGCGUGUGCGCAUCAUCGAGCCGCUCUUCGUCUUCCUCCUGGCCUACGUCGCGUACCUUGCUGCUGAGAUGGUCUCACUCUCCUCCAUCUUGGCAGUCACCUUCUGUGGGAUCUGCUGCAAGAAGUAUGUGGAAGCCAACAUCUCUCAGAAAUCCCGCACCACGGUCAAAUACACCAUGAAGACACUGGCCAGCAGCUCAGAGACCAUCAUCUUCAUGUUUCUGGGCAUCUCAGCUGUGGACACCUCCAAGUGGGCAUGGGACACAGCACUGGUGCUGGGCACCCUGUUCUUUAUCCUGCUCUUCAGAGCUGUGGGUGUUGUUCUCCAGACCUGCGUGCUCAACCGCUUUCGCCUCAUCCCCCUGGACAGGAUUGACCAGGUGGUCAUGUCAUACGGUGGCCUCCGUGGGGCCGUGGCCUUUGCCCUGGUCAUCCUGCUGGACAGGGCAAAAGUGAAAGCCAAGGACUACUUUGUGGCAACGACCAUCGUGGUGGUGUUCUUCACUGUCAUUGUGCAGGGCCUCACCAUCAAACCCCUGGUGACGUGGCUGAAGGUGAAGCGCAGCGACCACCACAAGCCCACGCUGAACGAAGAGCUGCAUGAGCACGCCUUUGACCACAUCCUGGCAGCGGUGGAGGACAUUGUGGGGCCCCACGGCUACCAUUACUGGAGGGACAAGUGGGAACAGUUCGACAAGAAGUACCUGAGCCAACUCCUGAUGCGGAAAUCUGCCUACAGGCUGCGGGACGAGAUCUGGGACGUUUACUACAAGCUCAACAUCCGUGAUGCUAUCAGCUUUGUCGACCAGGGUGGCCACGUGCUCUCGGCUGCCAAGCUGGCACUGCCCUCCAUGCCCAGUCGCACAUCCAUGUCGGAGUCGUCGGUCACAAACCUCCUGAGGGAGAGCGGCAGCGGUGCGUGCCUGGAUCUCAGCACCUGCAAGAGAAGCAGGGAUGGAGGAUGCUCUGUGGGGCCAGCUGCUCACCCUGUGUCUCUUUGCCUCUCCUUUGGCCAGUACAAGGCCAGCUACAGCCGUCACUUCAUCUCUCCAGAUAAACAAGAGCGCCAAGAUAAAGAAAUCUUCCGGCAGAACAUGAAGAGGCGGUUGGAGACCUUCAAGUCCACAAAGCACAAUGUGUGCUCCUCCAAGAACAAGGCCAGGCUGAAGGAAAAGGGCAGGAAAAAGAAGAACAUCUCUCUGACUAGAGAGGCGCCCAAUGGGAAGACGCACAGAAAUGUCCCCUGGCAGGAGGCGGCUCCUGUCCUGGUGAUGGUCAGCUCAGAGGAGGAGGAGAGCGAUAGCUCGGAAACGGAGAGAGAGGAUGAUGAAGGGAUUGUGUUCAUUGCUCGAGCCACCGAUGAGGUCCUGCAAGGAAAGACAGCUCCUGGCAGCGUGGAUGUCUGCCCCAGCCCCUGCAUCAUCCCACCGUCACCCACCUUGGCAGAGAAGGAGCUGCCAUGGAAAGGAGACCAGGCUGAUCUGGCUGUUUAUAUCUCCUCGGAGACCACCAAAAUCGUGCCAGUGGAUAUGCAGAAGGCGUGGAACCAAAGCAUCUCCUCCCUGGAGAGCAUCGCUUCCCCCCCAGGCAUCGAGAGUGGACCUCAGCACAGGAGAUUCGCCUGCCCUGUGCUGGAGGAGCAACCCCAGUCUGCGAGCCAGGCGAUGCCAGAGCAGAGCUCCUGCUUCCAGUUCCCCAGCCACAUCUCUAAGAGCGGCCGGUCACAGAGUGACAGCAGCCCAGACGGUGCUGAACGGCAGGAGCUGCAGCCCUUGAUGGCCACGGAGGAGCAGGGCAGGAUGCUGCCCAGCACGGAGCCCAGAUGGCUGAUGUUCAACAGAGCAAGCCACCUCUGA